AAACAUCACCCAUGGAGUGUGCUCUCUUUUGUAUGUUCUGGAGCUGUUCAGGAAAUGGUCUAAUGUAUAUUUUACUUGCUCGGAAAAAAGAAAACCAUUUCACCCUACUCAAGAAGGCAAAAUACAUCAAGCAUGGUUGACUGAUUCAGAACCAGUGCCUAGCACUCAGGAUCUCAUUCAAGUAAUUUAUCACCAGUGUGAAUACAUUCAGCAUCUGGAGGCAGAAGUUAAGUUUUGCAAGGGGGAACUCUCAGAUAUGAAGCAAACUCUAACGGUGGUGAUGCUUGAAAAGGAGAAACUCAAUGAGGAGCUCAAGACAAGAACUUUUGGGGACACGCUUAAAGACUUCACCAUUUUUGACACCUCUACAAAUCUUUGUGAGACCAGGAUCACAGGUGAUUCUUCUUCAGCUUCCCCAGAAACUAAACAGCUGUCUUCCAGUCAAGCACCACCAUCAAUCUACAGCAUCGCUCAAGUCACAAAAUGGCAAAUGGAAAUGGAGAAAGUCAAUCUGCUGUACCAAGCUAAGGCUGAAGCAUUCGAGGAACAAACGUUAUCUCUAAGGAAGGAGUUAAGUGCUUCCCAACAAGAAAGUGAAGAUCUUAAAGAAAAACUACGACACCAGGAGUCCCUGAUCGCCUUGUCCCAGCAUGAGAUCGAGUUAGCACAGGCUCACGCUAACGUCCACCUGCAAGCUAAAGAGAGGCUGACAAAAGAAAGGGAUGAACUGAUCAUCAUGCUGACGUCACUGCGGACUGAGCUGGAUGAAUUUCAGCAGCGAGAAUUAAGUGCCUAUCAGCAGGUCAAGCAAGCUGUGGAGAUGGCAGAAGAAGCAAACUUGGAAAAAGUGAAGGCCAUGGUUCAGUGUGAGCUCCUGAGGAGUGAAAUUGAAAGGAAAAAAAAUGAAUUAAAAAAAGUGCUGGCCGCUGAGCAAGAAAAGAUAGCCAAAGUUCGGGACAAGACAAAGGAUGAAAUGAAAAGAGAAAAGCAGAAUAUGGAAACAACGCUAAUGAUAUUGUCGGAGAAAGUAAUGCGUCUCAAAUCCCAGACUGAAAAGCUGAAUCGGGAAAAAGAGUUCAUGACCAGUCAACUAGACGAUGCCCAAAAAAGCUCUGAAUCUCAAAAUGAAAAUCUGACAAAGGUAUGUGGAGAUCUAAGACAACAGCUAAAUCAUCUUCAGUUAGAGAGAAGUGGAGCAGAGAAAGAGCUACUGGAGAGCAGAACGAAGCACAUGAGGGAUCUUGAACUCAGGGAUCAGGAAAUUGAAGAACUCUGCCUCGAGAUUGGCAAGCUCAAGAAGCGUCUGGAGUGUGCCCAGCAGGACGUAGUCCAAGCAAAGGAAGAAUCCCUGCAAUUGACCGAGCUGCUGGACAGAUCAGAACAUCAGCUGCACGUCACCAGACAGGAGAAAAAAGCUGCAGUUCAGUCCUAUAGUGACGAAAUCAAGGUCCUGACCUUCCAGGCCCAGCUCCGUGAACAUGAGCUACUGCAGAAGAUACAUCAAAUGCAAGAGCACCAUAACAGAAGCAUUAAAGAAGUUGAAGCAGUUUUAAGUUCGCAAAGUGAAUUAAUCAUCAAAAUGAAGGGGGAAACUAAACGACUGCUGUUGUUACUGGAGCAAGUGACAGAUAAAAACAGGUCCGAAACUGGUGAACUUUCCCAGGAAAAUAUACAGCUUAAACAGGUGCUUAAGAAAUAUCAGAAGGAUGUGGAAGAGAUGCGCAUCCAGCACAGGGAAUGACAGGAAAAGAUGAAGCAGAGGCAAAUUCCACAGAGCAGCAAGUCGAGAUACUCCUGCUGAACCAGCCUCAUCGCCUACAGGUAUCUGUGAGCAGGCCUGCCCAUCUACUACCAUAAUCAAAAAAGGACCAGUGAAUGUACUCAUUGUGAUCAUCCUCCUUUUACCAGCUACGGGAAAUCCCGUCUGGCCCUGAUGACAUCACUUCUGGUUCCAACCCUGAUGACAUCACUUUCCAAUUUCCAGCCACUUUGAUGAUGUCACUUCUGGUCCCGCCUCUAUUGACAUCACUUCCUGUACCUGUUUUUAAAACCGCCAUUUUGUUCAUAUCAAGUCAGUUCUGUUCAGGUCUCGAACCUAUACACUACUCAUUGCUAUUUUGCAGCUAGGAAAAU